UGGCACACUUGUUAUCCUAUAAGCUUGCUAACGUAACCGGCUAAUAACUUGAUGUCUCACGGUCUGCAUCGUGUUAAGCUAGCUUGCUCCCCAGCUACAGCGUGUAGUAGAUUUACCCAGAACAAAAUCUUAUCAACUGGAUAAAAUAUUUACUGCAGUUAGUAUCAGAUAUCGAUUUUAGCAAUUUUCUUAAGAAAUGAGCGACCUGCGCCAGCACGUUAAAAAGCUCAUAGCUUUGGAUAUUGCAGAACACCCAAAUUACAUUUUCGCAUGAAGUCUCUUUUAAAUUCUAAUAUUCAUCUAUCACGAUUUUAAGCACACGCUGUUGUUAUCAAGUGUAUAUUCAAACUUGCUAAUCUAAUGAAUUGUGUGCUAACUUUGAAUUAGCUGACGAUUGCUUGCAGCAAUGUCUUUUUUUUAUAUAGUUCCCCCCCACCCCCAGAGCUGUUGCCACAUGAUUAGGUCUGGUGAAACCUUUUGACUUGUGGCAUGUGAAACCAGGCUAGCAAGGUAGCACCUAGGUUUGUCAUGAGAUGGCAGUAAUUUGGAGGCCAAAUUACAAAGUCAGCAGUCUUGUAAAGUUUCAUUAGCCGUGAAUGUCACUGAAUGAUUUAAUUAUGACUAUGGAAGUUUCAAGUAUUUACACAGAAACGGUUUAUUCUGUCUCUGUUGGCACUAGUUUAGGCACUAAAUGUACUUUAGCCUUUGCACUCUUAAACACCAGGGCAAAUGCUACAAGGCCAUUCUUUAUUUCAAUUCAACUGCCAUAUUGUAUUUUUUAUUUACUUUUAGUUUGAGAAGUUGCUUGAAGAUUUGUCGCAUUUCUGUUCUUGUGCCAACAUAGGUUAAUCUUUAGGAAAAGAAGUUGAUUCAUUGACACUCAGUGGUUUAAAACUUGCACAAAAAGGUGACAUGGAAGGAAUGUGCUACUGAAUAGGAAGCACAGUCCCUCGUGGCCUACUGAUUUCGCCUUGUUUUUUUUUUCAGUUUUAAGUGCAUCUGUGCCACCUAGUCAGUUUUUCCUCCUUGCCUUGCAGAGAUACUAUGACAUAUUUUGAACCUCUGUCCCAUUCAUUUUCUACACACUUCCCCCCUCAUCCUUUCCUUUUUUUGGAUUCUCCCUCCCCCUUCCAAUCUCUGGAGCACCCACAACUCUUGGAAGUAAUUGAAGCUUAUCAGAUCUAACCAACAUGACCAGCCUUUACAUCAUACCUUAGUUUUUCCACUUUUUACUCAUUCUUAAAUAUCACUAUUUUGAGUUCCUUGUUUUCUUUCUUUUGUUUUAAUGGGCGUGCACGCUUUCUUUGAUGGAAUGUGAAUUACUUCUUUGUUCAGGGCCUCCUUAUGUCCCCGUGUGCUCUCUGCCUUUGUGAACAUGAACUUCUCCCUUUCAUAUGUGAUGUGAAUGACGCAGCUCAGAGAUCCCAGCUUAGAUGUUGUGCAGAAAUAUGCAUUCGACAUUCAUGCAUUCUGUUCCUCUCUGUGUGGCCUAGACAUGAGAAUGGUAUAGUUAGAAGGCUGGUCAGUCUGGCUGGUUGAGGUGUGGAGGGGACACCACAGACCACGCCAGAGUCCUGACUGAAUAAAAUUUUUAAAAAAUCACUACCCUCGGUGGAUCUGCCGUCUCCAUGCAUCUUCUUGGACUGCAAUUAUGGUUACACUUAUCACAGAGCAGCUCUGUAAGCAGAGUUUAGAGGAACCUUAUCACAAGGCUUUCACAUUCAAUGCCAGUGUGUCUUUGCCUGCAGUGGGCUCAAGUCCAUCCAUUUCAUGGAGUUCUGGCAAAACAACACAAGAAGCCAGCUCAGACACACACCAGUCAUGCAAAACACAUGUUUUGGCUGACUCGUGUGAUCCUUGGCCCCGCUCGUGCUCUGGAGAGCCACUCCAGGGACCAGAGGUUUCUCUUACAAACAAAUCCUUCCAAAGUUCACCCCCGCCACCUCCAAAACGCCACUGCCGCUCCCUCUCUGUUCCAGAGGACCUGUCCCAGUGCCGCUCCACUUGGCACCCAAGCGCAUCAAAGGUCUGGACUCCGGUUAAACGGGGCUGCCACAGUCAAGGAGCAUCUAGUUCAGGCUCUGGAGCCAGUUCUUUGCUUCUUUGUGGUCCCAGUUCUUCCUUCACCUCCUCCUCUUUACACUCGUCUAGCCCUAACUUCUUUAGUUUAGCACUGUCUUCUGACUCUUCCUUGUCCUGUGGCUUCCCAUGGGAUCCCUGUGACACCUUGAAAGGUGCUUGCUCUGCCUCGCUUGCUACACCUUCCUCUUGCUCCUCUUCGCCAGCUCCUCUGGUUUCUCAUUCUAUCCUGCACCGUCGCUUCUCCCUUUCCCCCGUGCACAUUCAGAUCGCUUCUGUGGCGUCCUUGCACCUUCAGCCUUCCCCAGCUCAUGCUCUGGCACACAGCUUUUCUGGCCCAGAGCAUCCUUCCCUGUGUCCAUCUCCCACUUCAGCUUGCAGUACUCCAUCCUGCUCUCGGCGGGACUUGCACCCCGCACUGCCACGGUGCCACUCGCAGCCCUGCGACAUGCGCAAACCCCGGCUGAAGAGGCGCCAUGACCCGGAUGUCCUUCCUUGCUCCCGGCCAGGGCUGGACUUCAGCAAAAUGACGCAGAUGGGUAAUUACGAGAGCCUGGUGGGUGGAACAGGUGGUGGCAUAUUUCCAGUGUCUUCUCAAUCAGAGCAGCGCUCGGCCUUCUCCCCUGCUGAAUUCCUGGGAAGAACCAGUAUCGGUCCACUGAGUGAAAGUGAAGAGGAGGAGGAGGAAGAAGAGUUACCUGGUUGCAGUAAACAAGAGGCAGAGUACCCUGGACAAGCACACAAAGACCAAAAGGAUAAACAACUACUCAUGCACGCAUUCAUAUCUCGAGGCAAUUUAGAGACCAGUCAACCUGAACGUCAUCUUUUUGGACCGUGGGAGGAAGAUGGAGUACAGGGAGAGUACUCAAACUCUAUGUCGAAAGCUCUGAGGCCAGAAAUGAGGCCAAGAGCUUCAGCUUCUACAAAUGCCAUGCAAGCAAGUUUAUGAUUACAAGACUAAUAAAUAUAAAGCUAUGUGUCAAAACAUUUGUUCAGUUUAAAUCCCUAAUAUCAUUAAGCACCUUAUUAAAUAUGCUUACUUAUUUUAUCUUUGCUAUGCAGCAGAAACGUGCUAAAUAUAGAACAAUAUAUACUGCUCAAAAAAAUAAAGGGAACACUCAAACAACACAAUAUAACUCCAAGUAAAUCAAACUUGUGUGAAAUCAAACUGUCCACUUAGAAAGCAACACUGAUUGACAAUCAAUAUCACCUGCUGUUGUGCAAAUGGAAGAGACAACAGGUGGAAAUUAUUUUCAUAUUUAUUUCAUUCAUUUAGAUCUAGGAUGUGUUAUUUGAGUGUUCCCUUUAUUUUUUUUGAGCAGUGUAUAUUUCAUAUAUCAAUCUCUUGAUCCUUAUUAAUUUUGAAUGUUUGUGUCUUUUAGGUUUGGAACUGAAGCUAAAAGCUGAAGACUCAUGUGCAACUUUGACACACUAUACAUAUAACUUAUGUAUAGUUAUAUAUAUGUAUAUCCAAAAUGUUAGCUUUUUUUUUUAACUUUCAAAAAGAAAAUUCACAUGCAGUCGUUUCAAAUAGAUAUUGAAAAUUAUAACUGCCUACCUCUAGAUUUACAUAAAAUUUACUCUAAAACUGGACAAAAACUAAAAACACUGCGACAAAAAUGAAUGCCACGAUAUACAAAAAU